UUAUGUCCACGCGAAAAUUCAAUUUCCCUUAAAAAUAGGAUUUAUUACUUAUUUAUGAGUACACACUGUGCUCACGGGCGAACCUGUUUCACAUUACGGACUGUCUGGACGAAUUUAGUAGGUUUUUAUGUUGGAAUUUCACUUCUUUAUGUGUAAAACUAAAACUACCGCUAGCGUUGAGGAUGAAUAUUUCUCAAGAACUGUCUGCCAAGUUUCUGGUUGACGCCUCCUUGCUGUAUCGGGAAACGUGUCCGGAGUUGGCUCGGUUUUUAUUGGAGCAGCCAAAUCAGAGCCAAAAGUUCUCGUCUUUGUUCCAAAGUGCCUCCGUGUGUCAGUACUGCUGUCAGUGGCAGAAGCCCGAUGAUGUCAGAGUGCGGCUUCGGCCCAAGAGGCGUCCAUCGGCUGUGGUGCGCAGCGUCCUGCUCAGACAGGCCAGAGGAAAGAGGCUGAGCGUCCUGCAGAAGAAGCUGCUGUUUCGCUUCCAAAAGUCCUCCUCAGUUCUGAUGGCCACCUGCCACGCUUGCUGUCAGACAUCUAGACACCAAGGCGCAAAUCGGGAUUUUUUAUCCACCUUGUCCAAGAACUACAGCACACCAGGGAGCGCUGGCAAACACAAGACUCCUCAGUCCAGCAGCAGAUCCAGCAAGUCCGUCUCAAAGACUCCUGGAAGAGACAAGACUCCUACUCAAACACCACGAUCCUCCAUCUCCUCCACUGUUUCUGUGACCAGCUCCACUUCCUCUAAGUCUUCAUCAAAAUCCAAAAACUGGGUCUUCCAGCGUCUUAGCAAGAUCCUCUCGCGAGAUGAAAACCAGGAGAGCAAGAAAGGCGGCCUGAAAGAUUUUCUCUCCUCACUCUGAGGAUCCCCAACAUUGUCUUCAUUAGUUGUAGUGAAAAAAAAGGUGAGACAUGGAGAAUCACAACCAAAAUUUAUUUGACUUCAAGAAGAGGCCGCCAUCUUGAAUCCACCCCAUCCUCAAAAAAAAUGUAAAAUCACCUUUAGUAGCUUCUACAAGUUUAAACAUCUCUUUGGGAUUUCAAUCCAUCAACUUAUAACUUCUUAAGCAUCAUUGAGAAGUUACUUUGUAAAAAAAUAUAGGUUUUAAAGUUCUCGUAAAAUCUACAAACGUUAGCAUGACAAGCUCGCAAAAGUGGCGUUCCCCUGUUUCUCACACAGUUAUUACUAUGAUAUUGUGAACAUUUUAUACAUUAAUUGUUGGCUUGAGCUGAACGAAACAAAAUAACAUAUGAUAUGACUAUAUUAAGAAUGUGGGUGUGGCUAACAAAAACCUCCGUUGCCAAGGAAGUCCAAAAUUUUACUUUUACAGAUUCUUCAAAUUUUUUUAUAAACCUGUUUGUCAUCCUCAGGCGACCAAAAAAUCAUAUGGUUGCUAUAGAGAUAAAACCAAUAGAAAAGCCUCAAUUUUGAAAAAAAGUCUAUUUUUUUUCUUUUUUCAUUAAUUUGCUACUUGCAGCUCUGGCCAGGGUUGCUGGGAAAGAGUGUAAAAAAACAGUAUUCGUAGCAGCUGCUCAGGCAGUGGGGGUGGGUCAAAGGUGGCGGAGGGUGGGGGCAGGUAGUGCCUGCAGGUCAGACAACGCCGCUUUAAUUUAAAUUAGGACUAUUCCUUCCUAACUUAAGAUGUCAGUCUUAGCUGUAUGUUUAAGGAAGUAUUAUCCAGCUGCUUAAGCAUCACAUUGUGGUAUUUGUAGCUUUAGGAAAAAAAAUAUGAAAAUUUAUUUUUUCAAAAUCUGUGAUAAUUUUCUUUUUUGUAAUGUAUUUUAUUUUAACCCUGUUUAUUCAUAUGUAAAUGAUACAGGUUAGUCAUAGAUGAUUGGAAGAUGAAUGUUUUGGUUAUACAUAAAUACUUUUACAUGUUCCAUUUCAUAUGUAUUGUAUUUGUGAGUGUAUUUUACAAUGAUAUUCACUAGGAUCUGUUUACAUUGUACAGGCACAUCUGUCUAAUAUCCUCAGAAAAAUACUGUCUAAACUUUAAAUUGAUUAUAUGUUUGUGAAAAAUCUAUUUUGUCAUCAGCUUGGAGUUUUAAAUGUAUCCAACACAUUUUGUAUUCUCUAUUUCGUGGAAGAAGCAGUAUGGGUUUAAAUACCUCACGUUGACAUGAAAAUCACUGUGACUAUACAUUAUAACUUUUUCUGUGUAUAACUGUAUUAUCUCAUGUUAUGUUAUUCUGUUUUCAUUUACAUUAAAAAACAUAACAAUUUAAGCUAAA